AUGAUGUCCAGGACCCUGAGGCUGGCCCUGCUGGCUUUGGCCUGUACUGUGGACCUGAGCUGGGCCAGUGGCUUCACAGAAAACGGCCUCUCCCUGCUCAGUUACCAGCUGUGCAGCUACCCAGUGACCCGAAAUGUCCAGAGGCUGCAGGAGGUGCAGACCUCACACACAGCCUAUGUGCACUGUGGAGCAUGGAUCCCGUGGAAAAAGUGUCCCAAGACCGUGUACCAGACGCAGUACCUGGCGGUGGAGGUCCCUGAGUCCAGGAAUGUGACCGACUGCUGUGAGGGCUUUGAGCAGCUUGGCUUCUAUUGUGUUCUGCCCCUGAACCGGUCCGAAGAGUUUGCAUCAAGACCUGGGGUCUGCCCAACGGCAGAACCAGAGUCAUCUAGCCCACCGUGCAGCUUGGACACUGACUGCUCCGGACUUCAGAAGUGCUGCUCCUGGUCAGGGGCCCGCCGCUGUGUGGCCCCUGCAUCCACAGGUGCAGAGAGGAUCCCAGUGAGCUGGUACAAUGUGACUGUGUUGGUGAAGAUGGCCUUUGAGGACCUGCAGCGAGAGGACCCUGGCUUCCGGAACCACACACGCCUGCUCUACUCUUUGGUCACCAGUGCCUUGCGGCCUCUGAACGUGUCUGUACACUACCUGAACUCCGCUGGUGGCAGGGACACCUUCACCACGGUGUCAUGGCUGCUGCUGGGUCUUCCACGGCGCUUGACGGUGGCCAAUGUCUCUGCCACAUUGGAUGACGUGGUGAAUCGAGUCUAUGAAGUGGUCAGCAUCCAGGUGCAAGAUGUGAACGAGUGCUUGCACAGGGAGCUCCAUGCCUGCUCCGGAGGAGAGCAGUGUCUGAACAUGGAAGGCUCCUAUCAGUGUGUCCCUACCCAACCGCCCAACCGCACAGAUGAAGGUGACACAGUGACUCCCACAGGAGGUGGACAGUCUGUAACAACAAAAGUCUCAGCCCCAGUUGUCACUGUGGAAAUAACAAGCCUUGGCCCAGACACCCUCACCUUUUCACCCAGUCCCAGGCACCCGAGGAGCACCCCAACAAGAAGUCAAGCCUGGACCCCAGGGCCUCCAUCUAAGAGAGGCAGUAGCAGCACAGCCAGGCAGGAGAGGAAUAACACAGGGCAAGAUGCGGAGCUGCCCAGCACGGCCCCGAGCCUGGGAACGAGCCCCGGAAGUUCCAGCAGCAUGCCGAGCUCCUUUCCCAGGACUCCAGAGGCAACCCACGGCUCUCCUCCGAAGACCACAGUUGCCCCACUGCACGCCACGGGAGGGCCACAGGCAAACCUCACUGUAGACCCUCCCCUUGUGACUGCUUCACCCACGGGCUAUGUUGCAUGGCACCCCAGUCCCACUUGGGAGGCACCCUCUCAGAACUCCACAAGACUGCAGAAUGAAGACCCUCGCCCUUCCCUCUUCCCAGGCCUGCCAUCGGCUUCAACCCCUGUGGCUUCAGAGUCCCCUGCCUGUGUUCCUGGACCCAUUGGAAAGGUCACCGUCUCCAACAUGACCAGUACCAGCUUCUCCCUGGAGUGGUCAGCAGACAUCAGCUUCUCCCCUACCUUCUACCUCACUUUGGUCUCUCCUCGGGGACCCGCUGUGACUAUGGAGACCCAGGACAAUAACGUGACCUUGUCAGGGCUGGAGCCUGGAGCCUUGCACCUGGUAGAGAUUGUGGCUAAGGUGUGUGGGAAAGAAGGUGCCAGAAGACAGCUGAGAGUACGGACAGUGGCCCGGAAACUUGCCGGUGAAGUCCGGAUAGCAAACAUCCGGUAUUCAGAAUCCUUCCGAAAUGCCAGCAGCAGGGAGCACCGAGACUUGGUACAGCUAUUCUUCAGGACGGUGCGGGACUCCUUACCAGCCCCUCUGUGUCAGCACAUGGAUGCAGGCAGGAUCCGGGUGGACAUCAUCAACAUCACAAAUGGCAGCGUUGUGGUGGAGUUUAAUUUGCUAAUAAUGGCAGACCUGGAUGUCCGGGAGGUGUCCACCGCCUUCCUCAUGGCCCUGCAGAACACGUCGGUGCUGGAGGUGGACAAAGGCAGAACUUUCAUACAAGACUACGAUGAGUGUGAGAUGAGGGAGGAUGACUGUGAGCCUGGGAUGUGCAGAAACACCUUCGGAUCUUACACGUGUGGCUGUGAUGGGGGAGACUCACAUGUGGAAUAUUCUGGAAGAUCCUGCGAUGGUGGCUCUUCUGCAAACACAAUCCAGACCCCAGGCCCAGAGUGGCCCCCUACCCCAGCAGGAACCAGAGUUGACCCUGUGCCAGAUGCUAGCUCCGUGCCCCAGGACCCGCCCCUGCGGCUGAACCUGACUGACGCGGUUGGAGUGUCCUGCGAGAUUGAGAUGGUGGUCAUUACCAUCCAGAAACGCUUCCUGCAGCAGGAGGCCAUACCCGAGGCCUCCUUGUACCUGGGGGAGCCCUCCUGCAAUGUGAGCAACAGCAACAGCACGCAUGUCUUCCUGGUGGCUGGCUGGGGCCAGUGCGGGACCCUCGUGCAGAGCAACAUGACCAGCACAGUGGUGACGACCACACUGAAGAACGACCUGUCCCCAGAGGGUGUCAUCCACCACCUGCAGAUCCUCAGUCCCAUCCACUGCGCCUUCCGCAAUGACCUUCUGACCUCCUCAGGCUACACCCCACAGUGGGGGCUGAGCAAACCAUGUGGAGCAAGUCAGGAAGUAGCCCUCCUCCACGGUGUCUGCAUCAGCUCCCGCCUCCAGGGUCCUACCUUGUUUCAGUUCCUGUUUUCGCUUUCCUCAGUGGACUGUGACUCUGGACAUAGCUGCAAUGACUUCCGGCUGCUGAGAAGCAGUGAAGCCGAGCACCAGAUGUCCUGGGGGCCGCUCCAUCUCUCUGAAGGUGAACCUGCACGUACAAAGCCAGGCCUGGGGACCCGUUACAUCAUUAUCAUUGCGGUAGCUGCAUUUACUGUGGUGGCAGGGGCUACGACCCUUCUGAUCUUGCGUUACCAGAGAAUGAGGGGCAAAUACAGUCUCAGAAUCCAGACCGAUGACUUCAGCUACCAGGUGUUCGCUCAGUAGGCGACCCAGCUGAUUGGGAGACGGGGCACACUGUAAAUAAGGUCCGGUGAUUAACUCAUCAAGCAUUGGCAAGACUCCACUCUGGGCAGUGCUGUGUCAGCCCUUGGGGAUGAGCCUCCAUGAUGACAACCACCUCUAUCUGCCCCCAAGAGGCUGAAGAUGCAGAGCUGCACCCACCAGGCCAGUGACAGGUCUGCUGAAUAUGUGACAGGGUGCUGUAGUGGCCCUCACCCUCAAACCUAGCACAAACCCGGCCCCUCCAUUACCCAAGCUACUGGCACAGCCUUCCCAGCUUUGACGUUCAAGCUGCCCACGUGACCCUUGCUCCCCAACAAUUACAUGACACGUCACACCUUCACAGACAUUUGACAGUGCCUGUGAUGCUCCUUCAUGAAUGGACCCAUCUGGUAAAUUCUCCACUGUGUCAUUGUCCCUAUGCAAACACUCUAUGUGCUCCUCGGCACACGCCUUUCACUUAGGCGGUGACCCAAGACGUCCUAGAUGAAUAUGGGAAGCUUUCUGAGUGAUAAUCACGUGAUAUGUAGGCACCACUCUUCCAUGUGUCCAAGCACAUCCAUGGCCAUUUAUCAUGGGAUGCUGUGACGGGGAAGGGACAAUUUACCCAGCACACCACAGGAAAACGGAAGGGAUGGGGAGGUAUGUACCAUGUGAACAGGCCCUCUGCUUGGUUGAUUUGAAAGACCAGAACUGGUUAGUUAACACCUAAGGCAAUAGUGAGGUUAGCAUUACAAUGGGGUCUUAGCCUUUAAUUGAUAUGCUUAAUUCUGUCGAGUGUGGUUGUCACACAGAGUAUUUAGGGGAAUGGAUUUUUUGAUUUAUUGCAUAUUCUGGGGUUAAGAAUGAUGACCAGGAAUCUGUGU